AACAAAAACCCCCAAAACCAAAAAACCAUGGAUGUCAGGGAGUUCGCCUUAGCUUCCCUGAGACAUGAUACCAGCUGCCCUGGGGAGUUGCCUGUGGGUCACCGGCUGCUGAGGAGGAAGAAGGACUGGUCCUGGUCGCUCGUCGUGGCCGCUCUCGUGGGAGCCUUCGGAUCAUCCUUCCUCUACGGGUACAACCUCUCCGUGGUGAACGCGCCCACGCCGUAUAUCAAGGACUUUUACAAUGCAACCUGGUACAGAAGGCGUGGACAUCCCAUAGACCCCAAUACCUUGACCCUGCUCUGGUCUGUGACUGUGUCCAUAUUCGCGAUUGGUGGCCUGGUGGGGACGCUAAUGGUGAAGACCAUCGGAAAGUUUCUUGGGAGGAAGUACACGCUGCUGGCCAAUAAUGGAUUUGCAAUUUUGGCAUCAUUGCUAAUGGCCUGCUCACUCCAGUCAGGAGCCUUUGAAAUGCUCAUUGUGGGACGGUUCAUCAUGGGCGUGGAUGGAGGCAUCGCACUGAGUGCGCUCCCCAUGUACCUCAAUGAGAUCUCCCCCAAGGAGAUCCGAGGCUCACUGGGCCAGGUGACCGCCAUCUUCAUCUGCAUCGGCGUGUUUGUUGGGCAGCUGCUGGGCUUGCCUGAGCUCCUGGGAAAGGAGAGCACCUGGCCAUACCUGUUUGGAGUGAUCGUUGUUCCUGCCUUGGUGCAGCUGGCAAGCCUGCCAUUUCUCCCUGAGAGCCCACGCUACCUCCUCCUUGAAAAGGACGACGAGGCAGGAGCCAUGAGAGCCUUCCAAACGUUUCUGGGCAAAGAAGAUGUCUCCCGAGAGCUGGAGGAGGUACUGGCUGAGAGCCGUGUGCAGAGGAACGUCCACCUGGUGUCCGUGCUGGAGCUGCUGAGGGCACCUUUUGUCCGCUGGCAGGUCAUCACUGUCGUUAUCACCAUGGCCAGCUACCAGCUGUGUGGACUCAAUGCGAUCUGGUUCUAUACCAAUAGCAUCUUUGGGGAAUCUGGGAUCCCUCAGGACAAGAUCCCAUACAUCACGCUGAGCACCGGUGGAACUGAGACCCUAGCUGCCAUCUUCUCUGGCCUGGUUAUCGAGCGCCUAGGACGGAGACCUCUCCUCAUUGGCGGCUUUGGGCUGAUGGCCCUCUUCUUUGGGACCCUCACUGUGACCCUGACCCUGCAGGACAAAGCCCCCUGGGUGCCUUACCUAAGCAUUGUGUGCAUCUUGGCCGUCAUCGCCUCAUUCUGCAGUGGCCCAGGUGGGAUCCCGUUCAUCCUGACCGGCGAGUUCUUCCAGCAGUCAGAGCGGCCAGCGGCCUUCAUUAUCGCAGGCACAGUCAACUGGCUCUCCAACUUCGCUGUGGGGCUCCUUUUCCCCUUCAUGCAGAAAAGUCUGGACUCCUACUGCUUCCUUGUCUUUGCCACAGUGUGCAUCAUGGGAGCUGUCUACUUCUACUUGGUCCUCCCGGAGACCAAAAACAGGACCCAUGCAGAAAUCAGCCAGGCUUUCGCCAAGAGGAACAAGGCUCAACCCCCAGAGGACAAGGCUAACAGCCAGCCUGUGCCAGAUCCAUCCUCCACGCUGGACAGCCAUGGCGAAAUCCAAAUGUCUAAAUAUGUGAUCUCACUAUAG